AUCUACUGCAUCGCACUUUCCUCCCCUCUCUCCUCCUGCUAUAAGAAAAUCGUCAGCCUCCAUCUAUUACUCUUAGGAUCGAUUUGAAGCUUAAAAGUCUCUCCUUUCAGAUGGAUGCUGAUUACAAGAGACUCUUGUCUACGCUUCGAUCCCGAUCUGAGGUUUUAAUGGGCUUUGAAGAAAUAGAUGGUGAUGAUGAUUUCCAGGAGGAGUUUGCCUGCCCGUUCUGCGCAGAAUCGUAUGAUAUCAUCGCCUUGUGCUGUCACAUAGACGAUGAACAUAAUCUAGAGUCAAAGAACGCGGUAUGCCCUGUUUGCUCUCUAAGAGUGGGAAUUGAUAUCGUAGCGCACAUUACACUUCAUCAUGGGAGUUUAUUCAAGAUGCAGCGAAAGAGGAAAUCACGAAAAACUGGUUCACUUUCUCUUCUUCGGAAAGAGCUAAGAGAAGGAGAUCUACAAAAGUUGUUAGGAAUUUCUUCUCGCAUUGGUUCUACUACUGCAUCUAGUGGAACUCCUGAUCCUCUUCUUUCGUCAUUUAUCUCACCUACACGAUCACAUUUAUUUCCGGUGACUCGGCAAACGGAAAAAGUAUCGGACGAAAAACAAAUAGAGCGCAAGAGACAAGUGUGUAUCCCACCUGUCUCGUUGAAGGAUCAAGAAGAGACUAGGAAUAGAUCAGAGUUUGUUCAGAGGCUCUUGUCAUCAGCUAUUUUCUAUGAGGUCUGAUCAAAGCAAAGAAAAAAUAAUUGCGGAACUAUUACUGCGGGGAAUCAGACUUGAGAAGAUCUGGUUUUGAGAAAGAAAGAAAAAAAAAGUGGCUGGGGUGAGAAGAAGACGGAGAAGAGAUGCAGCUGUGAUAUCUAUUUCCAUGUCUAUGUAUUGUGUAUGUUUUAAUUAUAAGACCACAAGUAGACGCUGCUGAAUAAAUUGUGUGGAAUUGUGUGUGUUCUAAAGUUUAUUAAGUAGUCAAAACGUAAGAUGAAGAA